AUGCCCUCAUCCGCGGUCAUCUCCCGCUGCACCGUCUCCUCCUUUUCCUCUGCAUUGAUCAAAGAGCCCGUGGACGAUGCGGUGAACGAUUUCUUCUGCCAUCUCGCCGUCAACACCGCCUCGGGUCUUUACUACGAACACCAUCGGGAAGGCUUCCAUGAGGCUGCGAUGCAGACCAGCUCUGAUAUGUGGCCGAAUGACGACGCGUGGACCGAAGCCAAUCCGUUCUCAUACGUCGAGAUCAACGGCCUGAAGAUACCUGAGCCGGCGGCCGCGUAUGGUCUGCUCUGGGAGGCGGUUUAUGGUCAUGAUACGGCGAAAAAGGGACACAUGAAGAUUGGGUCGAAGGAGGCUCUGCGACACCUCUCGCGGCAUUUUAUGAGCGGACAUCGGGUCGGACCGUCUGGCGGGCACGCAUACGUCGUCCUGAUGGACGAAUUAGACCAACUGACGGCGAAGCAGGACGUGGGGUAUAACUUUUUCAACUGGCCGACCCUCGCCGGGUCGAAACUGGUGGUGCUCGCCGUCGCCAACACCAUGGACCUGCCUGAACGCGUGAUGACGGGCCGUGUUCGCAGUCGUCUCGGCAUGAUCCGCAUCGACGUCCAGCCCUACACGACUCCCCAAAUGGAACAGAUCGUCAAAGCGUGGCUGGCGGCGGCGUCCCUCCACGCCGGCACACCCGUAGUGCUCGCCCCGGACGCGGUCAAGUUCGCGUCGAUGAAGGUGGCGUCGAUCAGCGGGGACGCGCGGCGGGUGCUGGACAUCUACCGUCGGGCGGACGUGAAGGAGGCGAUCAAGUGGAUGCAGAACUCGCCGACGGCGGCGUACCUGUGCGGGCUCGGGUUCCACGAGCGGGUGAUGCUCGCCGCGCUGGUCAAGUGCGUGCGGAAGGAGGGCGUGGAGGAGAUCCAGUGGGGAGUGGUUCCAGCUGCAGCGCCAGCACACGCUCUUGCAGAAUUUGCUCGCGACGGACAGUGUGACGACGACUGUUUGGGCCGUCUUGGUGCGAGCGAGUUCUGGUUGGUGCUGGGCUCGCUCCUCGCGUCUCACGCGGUGAUCUGCGAGGCCGGCGCAGUGGUCGCGCGAAAGGCGGAAGAGGAGCGGCGAGUGGCACUCAACCUGGGGUAUGCGGAGGUGGAGCGCGUGCUGGGCGAGGUCGGCGGUGCGAAGUGGCGCAACGUGUUGAAUGUCUGA